AAUCUGUCAUUACCACAUCACCUCCCUCGCAUUUAUUCUUCUUCCAGACACCUCCGUUUAUUCUUGUCACUUUCUUCGAGAAGACCUUUCCCCACCUCCAAUCGCUCUUGAACCUGUCGUCAAAAUGCCUGACUACCGCAUUGAGGUGUCGCCCAAUAACCGCGCCGGAUGCACCGAUGGCGUGUGCAAGAAGGCCGCGGCCAAAUGCUUGAAGGGUUCCCUUCGCUUCGGCACAUGGACCAAGAUUAUGGAUCAUGAGUCCUUCAAGUGGAAGCAUUGGGGAUGUGUUUCUGGUGAGCAGAUCAAGCACGUACAGGACCUUUGUGAGAGGAACGGAAAGUUCGACUUUGACGCCUUCGAUGGCUAUGAUGAGAUGGGCGAUCACCCUGAUCUUCAGGCAAAGAUCCGUAGCGCCAUAGAGCAGGGCCACAUUGACGCCGCGGACUUCAACGGUGACCCCUGGAUGAACAAGCUCGGCCAGCGCGGCAUUCGCGGCAAGAAGCCCAAGGACUGGGAUGAUGGCGAGGAGGAAGAUGAGGAUGAGGCCCCUGCCAAGGGCAAGAAGCGCGGUCGCAAGGCCGCUGAUGACGAGGAAGAGGAGAAGCCCAAGGCUAAGCGCACCAAGAAGGCCGGUGCCAAAGCCGAGGCUGAGGACGAGGUGGAAGAGAAGCCCAAGCCAAAGGCCAAGCGCGAAGGCUGCCGCUGUCAAGAAGGAGGAAUCUGAUGCGGAAGAGGCGGAAGAGGCUCCCAAGGCCAAGCGUGGUCGCAAGUCUGUCGUCAAGAAAGAGGAGUCUGAUGUCGAGGAGGCGGAAGAGGAGGCUCCCAAGCCUAAGCGUGGUGCCGCCAAGAAAGCUGCCCCCAAGAAGGCAGCCACGAAGGUCAAGGCGGAGGAGAGCGAAGA